UCAAAAAAAAAAAAAAAAAAAGCCUGUAAUAAGUAAGAUAUUAUUAUUAACUCGAAAUUUGUGUUGUAAGAUUUGAUCCAAAAACCCACUUCCCUUGAUUUCAGAAAACCUUUGGCAACCUAUCAAAAACUGGAAAUCCCAGAUUUACUCUCCUUUUUGAUCGUCCAACUGCAUUUGACUUCAAUUUGUGUGGCGCCGCCCCAAGAGUUGGCGGCUUCUUCUUCUUCUUCUUUUUUUGAGUUGUAUAAUUGUUUUCUAAGUAAUGAAGGAGACAAUGACUGGAGGGUCAUUGGGGAUUCGUUCUGGGAGUUAUGGUUCUUUGGAUAAACAGCUUCAAAACAGUGUUUUGUUGCCAAUUCAAGUGCCUUUAGCAACAAGAAGUAAGCCUUCUAAAGUUUUCAAGGAAAAGGAGACAUUGGUUCAUUGGAUCUGUAAGCUUGCUGGGCGUAAAAAGGUUGGAAUGUUGCUCCUUUCUGUAAUCUCUGCUGCUGUUUUUGUUUGGGUCGUGUAUGUUGGCAAAGGUGAAUACCAGGAUAGUGACAAUGUUCGUAAGGUGAAUGAUAGCUUACCGAUUAAUAAUUCCGGAUUUCCCCUGAUAUAUGAAGUGCAACGUGUCAAAAUAGACAAUUGGACAUCUUUAGUUGCCAGUGACAGUGUUGAAGGAACUGAAGUUAGAGUAAUGCCUCCUCCUCCUCCUUCAUAUUUUCUCGGCUACACUCUUCCUCCGGGGCAUCCAUGCCACACUUUCAGUUUACCCCCUCCACCAGCAGACAAAAAAAGAACAGGACCACGCCCUUGUCCUGUAUGUUACCUUCCUGUGGAAGAAGCUAUUGCUUUGAUGCCUAAAGUCCCAUCAUUUUCUCCGAUUCUUAAGAAUUUAACAUAUAUUUAUGAGGAAAACUUAAAUAAAGACAAGGAAUUUGGAGGUUCAGACUUUGGUGGGUAUCCUACUUUGAAGCAACGGGAUGAUUCAUAUGACAUAAAAGAGUCAAUGAAUGUGCGUUGUGGAUUUGUCAAAGGAAGCAAACCUGGCCAUGGGACAGGAUUUGACAUCAAUGAUGAUGAUCUUCUCGAGAUGGAGCAAUGUCGUGGAGUGGUUGUUGCAUCAGCGAUAUUUGGAGCUUUCGAUAUCAUACAACAGCCAAAGAAUAUUAGCGAAUAUUCCAAGCAAACUAUCUGCUUCUACAUGUUUGUCGAUGAAGAAACAGAGGCUGAUUUGAAACUGAAUGGUGGCUUGGAUGCGAGCAAGAAGAUCGGAGUAUGGAGAAUUGUUGUUGCCCAUAAUCUUCCUUACACUGAUGGAAGGCGCAACGGAAAGAUCCCAAAGCUUCUAACACACAGGCUAUUUCCAAAUGCUCGUUUUUCUUUAUGGAUUGAUGGAAAACUCGAGCUCAUUGUUGAUCCUUUUCAAAUUCUUGAGAGGUUCUUGUGGAGAAAAAAUGCUACAUUUGCAAUCUCUAGGCAUUAUAAACGCUUUGAUGUUUUUGAUGAAGCCGAGGCAAAUAAGGCUGCAGGCAAAUACGAUAAUGCCUCCAUUGAUUUUCAGGUCAAUUUUUAUAAAAAGGAGGGUUUGACACCAUAUUCUGAAGCUAAACUUCCUAUAACAAGUGAUGUUCCUGAAGGAUGUGUAAUAAUAAGGGAACAUGUUCCUAUUAGCAACCUCUUUACUUGUCUUUGGUUCAAUGAAGUCGACCUUUUUACUUCAAGAGACCAAAUUAGUUUUUCGACAGCGAGGGAUAAGAUUGCGGCGAAGACAAAUUGGACUUUGAAUAUGUUCUUGGACUGUGAAAGGCGUAACUUUGUCGUUCAGAAAUACCAUAAGGAUGUUCUAGCGCAUAUGGCUCCACCGGCUGUUUACCCUCCACCUCAACCGCUACGUUCGGCCAACAUACCACCUGGGAAAUUCGCAGUUGAAACUUCAGGUGAAAAUAUUAUUCUAAAAGCUCCAUUCCGGGACGUCUUACCAAGACGUGGAAGAGAUAGGAGGUCCGGUUCUAGGCGUCAACGCAAAGUCAGCAAGGAAAUUAUUUCGAGUUAAAGUGUUGUUGAGUCCAAUUGCCCUACUUUUCGCCUCUUCGACUUUCAGAAAUGUUCAUCUCAGAUCUUCCAAGACGAUGCAAACAGUGUUGUAAGUUUUGUUCCAUAAAAACUACAGUCAGUCCAAUUUCUUUCACCUUUUUGGCUGCUAUCUAACUUUUGGCAAUUGUCUAUUUUGAUCCAUUUUUUGUUGUAUAUAUACAUAUUAAACAUAGUUUUAUAUAUUACAUAAAAAUGGUCAGCCAUUUUGCCGUUUCAUUGUAUUGGGACUAAAAUUUUAGCAAAAAUCAAUGAGAAUUCACAUAGGUAUUCAUCUC